GUUCUGGUCUUCCUGUGCUCUUUAACAUUUUGUUGACGACCGCUGACCUCCACUAGUUUCAUUUGAAAACAAAAUGGCGUCCACACAAGAUGAUGAUCAAGUUGCUGAAACGAGUAGAAAUUCGAGUGAAGAUGGCGAAGUGGGUGAAACAACCUCAACUGCGUCAUCGACUUCUUCGUCGAAAAGCGCCGCCGAAAAACGAGCAGAGAGAAUGAAAAGACUUCAGCAGUUGCAUUUAAGACGUAACGAAGCUCGUAAAAUGAACCACCAAGAAGUUGUCGAGGAGGACCGUAAAAAGAAGCUUCCAGCAAACUGGGAGGCGAAGCAGCGCCGCGUUGAGUGGGAACAACAGGACGACGAGGUCAGGAAGGCAGCAGAGGCGAAGGGAGAGGACUUUGAAAGAGUCAAGAUGCUUUCUAUGACAGCCGAUGAAGCAGAACGAUUAGAGAGGAAAAAGAAGAAGAGAAACCCUGAUCAAGGGUUUGCGGAUUUUGCUCAAGCCCAGCAAAGGCAGUACAGUCGCUUGACCAAACAGCUGAAGCCUGACAUGUCAGAGUACAAGAAACAAAAAGAUGAGCUAGGGGAGGCAUUCACUCCAUCCGUUGAUAACUUAAGCUAUGGGGGCGAAGGCAAGGUAUCCGAAGCUGGAAUUGACAGAAUGGUUGCAGACCUAGAAAAACAAGCUGAGAAGAGGGCUAAGUUCAGUCGCAGACGCGCACACUAUGAUGACGCCGACAUUGAUUACAUCAACGAGAGGAAUAUGAAAUUCAACAAGAAACUUGCACGCUUCUAUGAUCCAUUCACUGCUGAGAUCAAGCAAAACUUGGAGAGAGGAACUGCUGUUUAAACCUUGAGUCUUUCACUAAGCAGUGACACCCUGAGUGUGUAGGCAUGUUCAGUUGAAGGCACAUGCACAAGGCUGAUAACAUCAACAAGAGAAACAUGAAAUUCCACAAGAAAUUGCACCCUUCUAUGAUUUCCUUACUGCUAAGAUCAUGCUAAACUUAGAUAGAGGAACUACAUUUCAGGCCGUAGCAGGCCUCGAAAUAUUGGGGGGCACAAUACAGAAAUAUUAAGAAAAUAUUGGGGGCACAGCCAAGACCCAACUGGUCAUUUCCUUAUAAUAUUUCAAAAUAUUAGGGGGGGCACGUGUCCCCAGUGCCCCACCCCCUGCUAAGGCCCUGCUAGUCCCUUAGGGUUCCAUUUGUCCCCAACGUCCUUGAUCCCAAUGAAUGCUGCCUACAGUAAGUAAUGGCAUCAAAAGUGGGCCGUGUUGAGGGCCAGCUUUGUAGCCAGCUUCAAAAGCCAACCUCAAAUGCGAGUCCUGGGGUCAUUUUAGAUUUGUUUUACAUUACAUUGUCUUAAAUUAUAUUCUUAGUUUAAAAGUUAUCUAAAAAUACUAAUACAAAAAUGUGUUUUGAUUGUCUGAAGAGAAAAGGGUUUACUUGAAGGCAGUGAAGAUGUUGCACAAGUUGCACAAAUCUGAUUUGCGCUUUUGGACACUUAUAGUAUAAGAAAGCAAAAACAUAUAUUGGGGUAGGGACACUGUUUAAAAAAAUGCAAACUAUUUGUUAGCUUGUGAGGGGGCUUUAAAACAACAUUCAGUCAAUCAGUGUUGUAAGAACUUUUACUCAUAAUGACAUAUCUACAAAACUUCUAAGAAUUACAUUUCGAGAUCGUGCCCUUAAAAAUGUUCAUGCUUUGUUUUUAAAUAUAAAAUACUUCUCAAACCAAAGUCCAAUAUGGCAACACCAUCUCUGGUUAUAAAUACUUUGCUACUUGUGAGAUAACAUCUCAUGAUUGUAUCAUUAAUACUUUUAUAGCUUUGACAUGACAGAUUUUAGGAUCUAUUUAUAAAAGACGUGUCAAUCUGUUCUUAUUACAGAUAUCCCCAAAUACAUUUAAAAGAUGUUUAUGCCCUUAUUUUUCCUACCAAUAAUGAUAACAAAUUUCAGCACCUUUCCAGAUAAGGAAUAAAAAAAUUUCCUAGGGCCAAAUAUCCAACCAUGAUGGUAUUAUGACUUCAUAUUUUUCCUGAUUAAAAAUUUUAAGAUAA